CCGAGCUCCUCAGGCUGGCACCGGUUGGACCCGGACGGACCGCGGACGGACCGCGGACCAGUGAGCCGCCGCUGCUCGGAGUUGGAUUUGCUGGGAAGAAGGAAGCGCGUUUCUGAAAACUUACUUUUAUCUCCGGUGUUUGUUCGACCCUCCAGUGAAAUCGGUCAGUCGGAAUGAUGGAUGAGGGGAAAAUGGAGAGCUUCAACCGGGUCGCCUUUCGCAGGAAGCAGCGCAGUCUGGACCUGGGCCCUCGACGGGCCACAGAAAGAAAAGGCAAAACUCCAUGCUACCAGACCAGAAGCGCUGAUGAUGAGGCCUGCAUAGCAGUGAAAAUCGACCAGUCCAGAGCUCUUGGCUGCGGCUCGCCGAGGAAAACCAGCGGCGGCUCGCCCAUCCUGCAGGAGUGUCUGAAUCGGGCAAUUGGGGGGGCAGCUGACAGGAGGAGGGGAGGGGUCAAUGGAAGAGUACCUGGAAGCAGGACUCUGCUACGGUCUAAACCACAAGUGCCGCCAAAGCCGGACCACCUGCUGAGUCCAGUGUCUCCUCUGCAGCCUUCGCCGCGCAACGUCCAGAAAUCCCCUCUGAGAUUCAUCAUGGAGGACGGAGGAGCAAAGCCGACCGCCGCGCCGCGCGACAGGGUCAAACCGUCCAAGGUGUCGGACCUGAUCAGCCGCUUUGAGGAGAACCGCAGCGCAGACAACAAGAGAGACGGCUCGGCGCUCAAACAGACCAGCAAGGUGUCCUGCUCAGCUCUGCGCGUCUGCCAGAGGGCCGACAUCAGCAAGAUUCAGGAGAAGUUCUCGUCCGCGGCGGCUGCGACGCAGGAUGCCAAGAAGCCAGCGGCUAACGGGGUGCUAGCACAGAUGGAGCAGGACAAGGAGACGGAGGAGGAGACGCACCACAGCGUGAGGACAGAGACUGCUGAGCUCGUAAACGGAGAUUUGGAAAAAGCAGAUGAGCUGGACGAUCAUUCAGCUUCACAGCACUCGGACUGGACCGGUGCUGAGAAUGAGCAAACAACAGUAGAAAGGGAGAAAACAACAGAAAUCCUGCAGAAGAGUGAAGAGGGAAACUCUGAGCAAAAGGAGACGAACGAGCAGAAGCUGUUUAAGAUCGCCAGCGAGUUGCUGCACACAGAGAAGGCGUAUGUGGCCCGACUCAACCUGCUGGACCAGGUAUUCUGCACCAAGAUGAUGGAGGAGGCGAAUAAAGGCACUUUCCCUCUGGAUGUGGUGAAGAACAUCUUCUCCAACAUCACCUCCAUCCACGCCUUCCACAGCCAGUUUCUGCUCCCUGAUCUGGAGAAACGCAUGGGGGAAUGGACGUCCACACCGCGGAUCGGCGACAUCCUGCAGAAACUGACCCCUUUCCUCAAAAUGUACGCCGAGUACGUGAAGAACUUCGACAAGGCCAUGGAGUUGCUGAAGCAGUGGAGCGACCGCUCGCCGCCGUUCAAGGCCGUCAUUCAGGAGAUUCAGAGUCUGGAGAUCUGCGGCAGCCUGACGCUGCAGCAUCACAUGCUGGAGCCGGUGCAGAGAGUUCCCCGAUACGAGAUGCUGCUGAAGGAUUACCUGAAGAAGCUUCCUCAGAACGACCCGGACCGCAGCGACGCAGAAAAAUCAUUAGAAAUCAUCGCCACAGCAGCCACCCACUCCAACAGCGCCAUUAGGAAAUCUGAAAACCUGAAGAAGCUGAUGGAGAUUUACGAGAUGCUGGGUGAAGAGGAGGACAUCGUUCAUCCAUCCAACGAAUUCAUCAAGGAGGGUCACAUCAUGAAGCUGGCAGCCAGGAACACCUCCACCAUGGACAGAUACCUGUUCCUGUUCAACAACAUGCUGUUGUACUGCGUGCCUAAAUUCAGCCUGGGCGGACCCAAAUACACGGUGCGGACCCGGAUCGGGAUCGACGGCAUGAAGGUUCUGGAAACGAGCAACGAGGAUCAUCCUCACACCUUCCAGGUGUCGGGUAAAGAACGGACGCUGGAGCUCCAGGCCAGCUCAGAGCAAGACAAGGCGGGAUGGAUCAAGGCUUUCCGGGAGACCAUAGACAUCUUCCAGCAGAAGAACGAGUCGUUCAAGAACGCUCUGAAAGACGUGGAGGAAGUUUCGAAAGCUGAGUUGGGGAAGCGGGCUCCUCGCUGGAUUCGUGACAAUGAAGUGACGAUGUGCAUGAAGUGCAGGGAGCCUUUCAACGCCAUCACACGGCGGCGCCAUCACUGCAGAGCCUGCGGAUAUGUGGUUUGCUGGAAAUGCUCAGACAACAAGGCACACCUUGAAUACGACAACUACAAGAUGAACAAAGUCUGCAAAGACUGCUACUCCAUCCUGACCGGGGACGGGGUCACCGAGGGUCGAAGGAAGGGCAUCCUGGAGAUCGAGGCGGCUCAGUUCACAGACAGCAGCAUCAUGUCUGGCUUCCUGCAGCAUUCUGAGAAAGGAGGCAAGCUGUGGCAGCGGGUCUGGUGUGUGAUCCCAGAGAAAGAGUGUCUGGUGCUCUACCUGUACGGAGCUCCACAGGACGUGAAGGCCCUGUGCACUGUCCCGCUGCUGGGCUACACGGUGGAGGACGCCGACACGCCGGCCAGCUUCCGCCUGUCCCAGUCCAAGUUUGUCCACACCUUUGCUGCUGAGAGCGAGGAGAUGAAGCAGCGCUGGCUGAAGGUCAUCCGAGUGGCGGUGACCGGAGAGAUGCCGGCGCGGCCCGAAACCGACGAGAACAGCGGCGCGCAGGAAGCUACUCCUGACGACACCUAGGAGGGUCGUCCGCUCACUUAGCCUGCUGCGGGACUUUCCUCCGCGUCCAGGACCCAAAGACGUCCUGUCCUCCAGGACGCAGCGGAACGACGGGAUAAGCUGCCGUCUCCAGGGUUUCUGUCUGUGCUGGAUUACAAACGUUUCUGGCACAAUCAACACUAGAGCAGAGGCUUCGAGACGCACCAUCUGCCCUCAAACGAGCACUAUAAAGGAAAAUUCAAACUUUCAGGAGGCGUCCAGGAUGGGACUCAAACUACGUCUGCUGGUUCUGUAAAUCUCUUCUUUGUACAGAACGCUUUUUAUAUAUAGAAAAAAACUUUCUUCACUUAUGUACAAAAAUUCAGUCUCCCGCUUUUCUGCUAAGAAAAGGAGGAACAUCUAAACAUCAUGGGAAAUAUUCCCAGCAUUCCCUCUGAUUGGAGCUGGAGAAGAACAUGAAGCUGGAUUCUCAUCUCUUCACUCAAUCUGCUGAAACGAGAGACAAAUGUAAACAGGAUGUGACGCAGAUUAAAAACUAUAUUUAUCACGUUAUUUGAAGCAUGUGUGCUUUAAAUAAUUAAACCUUCAUUAGCAAACCAAAUGGAAUUUUUUUGCUGUUAAAAUCUUGUUUCAUUUUCACGUUAAACAUGUAAUCAAUCACAUUGUAUUUAUUUCGAAAUCCAAGUGAAAAAAUGUUAAGAUCAACAUUUCUGCUGCAAUCAAAGCUUCUUCACUGUAAAAUCUCCCAUUUUUAUGUCACUAAAGUUUAAUGAGGUGCAUCUUAACUGCUUUUAGCGCAACUUGAACACAGCAAUAGUAUUUUCCAGCGUCCAAUCAGAUCAGUUUGUUGGUCUAAAUGAAGCGAGCGGCGGCUUUGUUCUCCAGCGCUGUGGUUCUGAUCGACAUCCCAGAAACAUGUUCUGCUCGGAACAUUUGUAUGUCAAAAAUGUAAGUGAUUAAUCACGUUAAAAAUGUUCAAGCAAAAAUACAAAUAGUCAAUUAAUUGAAAUUACUGCGUUAAAGUCCCAGCUGCAUGUUGAACAUAAGUUUGAAUAGAAGUGAAGGCCUGAUGAUGACAGCCCUAAACAAACCACAUAAAAUGUGUAAAAUUUGUUUGCUCACUUAUUGGAUUCAUGUUCAUGUUCAUUUAAAGACUUAUUAACUUUGAAACUAAUCCAGUAAAUAUCAACUCUGACAUUGAAGAUCUCCACAGAUUACAUCAUUUUUCCUGUUUGUCUCUCCGAUUCACUCGAGUUUGACCGGAAAUGACGCAACGACUGCGGAAAUGAACCUGUCCACGUUACUAAUGGCAGAAAGUCCUUUAGAGAAAUCAUCAGAAAUAUUAAAUGUAUUUGAUUGAAAUUUAUGUUGCCAUUUGUGUCAGAACAGUAAUUUAGUAUUUUAACCAUGGCUAGAGGAGAGAAAUGGUUUGUCCUAACGUUUCGGAGUGAUGAUGGAGAAACAGCACAAUCAGACACAGCCAGCCGAUGAAACAAGUGUAAAUGUGUUUUUACUGCUGUAAUUAUUUUUUAUUUAAAGUAAUUUAUAUACUAUAAUGGACUGUUGAAUGCAGCACAAACUUGUUCCUGUGCAGUCAGCUGAGGAAUGCAACCAACUGGUCAAAUGGCCGCCAACAUGGAGGGGAAAUGUGCCAAUCUGUUAUUUUUGCUCGUCUCUGAACUGUUCCCCUCUGCAGUGUCCAAAUAAAGCAAAGACAACUGAGCACAAACCCUGUGAUGAAUCUGAA